GCCGGUCAGAAACUCAAAGCCACGGUAUCUCCUCACAUCACUUCCACACUUGAGUUUUCUGAAAAUGCAGUUUGAUUGUCGACACAUGCCAGGAGAACAAAGCGAAGGACGUGCUGGCGCCAAACUCUGUAAUCAGGCACCACACCUUUCAAUCUCUAUCAUUCCUUAGGUAUUGGUCCAGCUCUGGUAUUUUCUUUUGCUAGUGCUUCCAUCGGUCGAGUCUCGGCUAGCCAGUGAUCGCUCAUUGACCCGCAGAAGUCGUAACGGUCGAGGGAUCUGGGUUGUAAAACGGGUUUGCAUGGUGCAGUAAGCGCACGAUACCACUACAGCUGUUACUAAAGAAGCUGGGAGUGCUGAUCUCUUUCUCGUCCCCUUAUCCCAAACCCUUGGACCGUGGACGACGCUUUUUUGUUUUUGCUUCUGGCACUUUGCAUAAUUGAUGACUUAUCCUUACCGAAAACGAAAACGUGAUGUUACUUCGAAGUACUUCUGCCUUUCACUCCAUCCAUGUUACGCUUUUGACGCCCCUGAACCUCUGGGGCCAGCUAGGUUCUUGACAUCAAUUCGCCAUCUUGUAUAACAGAGCAGCCUUCCCGAGUCUAAAGUAUCGCACUUCUCCGUUGAGGAUUUUACGUCUACACAAAUCGUUAUACGGUUGGCGAACCUCCAUCUCACUUACUCAUGAGCGACUUCGUCACCGAGGCCUUUACUCUUUUGAGUCUUGGUCUUGUUACCAUUGGGCUCCGAAGCUAUGCUCGCUAUUCGUCUGUUUCACUCCGCGGCUUCAAGCCUGAUGACUAUAUUAUGCUGCUUGCUGGGGUAAGUAACGAUAGUUCUAGUUCCCCUGAUACCAGAAGCUGCAUUCUGGAGAUAUGCUCUAACAUCGUAAUGAUAGGCUGUUUACGCCUUGGAGACCGUUGCAGCAUGGUCGGUUGGUGCCAUAUCACACGGUCUUGCCAAUAAUGGUAUGACAGACGAGGAAAGAGCUUCACUCGUUGUGAACUCGCCUGAAUGGAUCAUUCGAGUUAAAGGCUCCAAAAUCCAACUGAUAGGAUGGUCGCUCUAUACCUUGCUGUUGUGGCUGUUGAAGUUCUGUAUGUGUGUGUUCUAUGAACGUUUAACGUAAGCUACUCUGCCAACUUCUUACAAACCUUUGGUGGUUAUACUUGCAGCUCGCUAACAGACUAUGUGCUAUUCUAGGGAGGGAGUGGAUGAUAUGAAGCUGAGAGUUCGAUUAGGAUAUGUGAUUCUUUUUGUUACUUACCUCGCCGUGGAGAUGUCCAUCUUGUUUGGGUGUCACCCUUUCAAGAAAAACUGGCAGAUCAAUCCAGACCCUGGCAGUAAGUGGUGAAGAUUGUCCACGCACAUUGCCCUUUUGCUUAACGUCUUCUGCCAGAUCAUUGUCAACCGGCAAUCUCUCACGUCGAUUUGUAUGUGACCGUGGUUCUCAAUGUUUUCACGGAUUUAUAUUUAAUGUCAAUCCCACUGCCUGUAAGCCUCUCCUUUACACUCUCCGAGAAUUGCAAUGCUAAUUCCUGCAGAUGAUGUGGCGUGCCAAUAUCCCAUUUCGCCGCAAGACCCUCCUCAUCGGCAUGUUCAGUGGAGGUAUUUUCGUGAUGACGGCCGGUAUAUUACGCUGCAUCCUAAUUCUUCGCGACCCCGUAGGAGGCGCACAACAAGCAGGAUCGUGGGCAGUCCGAGAAACCUUCGUCGCAGUGAUAAUAGGCAAUAUCCCCAUGAUCUACCCGUUCGUCCGUCGAACCAUACGACGCAUCACCGAAAGUGUCACCUUCCGCUCUCUCACCCGCUCACAAGGAGCCAAUUCCAGAGCGGACCAUGCAGGCGAAUUCCACGCCACGCCUGGCGGUAGUCUUGACCCUAACCGAAAGAAGUUUAGCGGUGGAAGAUCGAUGCAUCCAUUGACGACUAUGGGAGCUACCAUGGUGACCGGUACGACGAUGACCGGUAGCCAGGAACUUAUCGUGAAGCCCGAAAAGACCGCAGAGGAGACUUCGCAGUCCUCGCAGGCCUCGCAGACCUCGGACAAGUACAAUAGAGUGUCGAGAGAGGGGAUUUAUGUAGUAACUGAGACCAUUAUCCAAGCUAGAGACAGAGAACGAGGGGAGGUUUGUCCGAAACCUUCUACUCAUCUUGCUGCUGAACGGCCGACGGAAAUUUCGACGGGACAAGAUAAGACGGAUGGGUAUCAUGGGAAUGUAAGUUCAGAGAUAAAGGAGACACAGUAGUAAUAUAGCAGAGCUGAUGGAUCGAAGGGCUACAGAAGAUUUUCUGAGAGACUAAUUAGCUGCAACGAAGAACAAAGGAUGCAAAGUUUUUAAUGAUUCUCACCUCGUAUUACUUCUUUGCACAAAGUAUACUGCGAGCGUAAGCU